CGCACGCAGCUCCAGGGACCCUAGGUUUUCUAUGGGAUUCCCAAUCUGCAGCAGAGAUUCACCAGAGCGUGUUGCAGCAGCCUCUGGACUUGCAAGGCGCGAUCCUAGAGGAAUUUAAGCAGCCCGGAGCUCCUAGAAAAAGAGCGAGGGAGAACCACUCAUAGAGACGGUUUAACAGUUACCCUGAAUUAUAUUUAUAUAUUUUUUGAAAGAACUGUUGAGUUUUAUCAUUUUCGUUAAGUGACGGUGCACAGCGGUAUAACUGCAGGAUGGGGAAACAGAAUAGCAAACUGGCCCCGGAAGUCAUGGAGGACCUGGUGAAGAGCACCGAGUUCAACGAGCACGAGCUCAAGCAGUGGUACAAGGGGUUCCUCAAGGACUGUCCAAGCGGGAGGCUGAACCUGGAGGAGUUCCAGCAGCUGUAUGUGAAGUUCUUCCCCUACGGAGAUGCCUCCAAGUUUGCACAGCACGCCUUCCGCACCUUUGACAAGAACGGCGACGGCACCAUCGACUUCCGGGAGUUCAUCUGCGCCCUGUCUAUCACCUCCAGAGGCAGCUUUGAGCAGAAACUGAACUGGGCUUUCAACAUGUACGACCUGGACGGUGAUGGCAAGAUCACCCGGGUGGAGAUGCUGGAGAUCAUCGAGGCUAUCUACAAAAUGGUGGGCACUGUGAUCAUGAUGAAAAUGAAUGAGGAUGGCCUCACGCCUGAACAGCGAGUGGACAAGAUUUUCAGCAAGAUGGAUAAGAACAAAGAUGACCAGAUUACAUUGGAUGAAUUCAAAGAAGCUGCAAAAAGCGACCCUUCCAUUGUAUUACUUCUGCAGUGCGACAUUCAGAAAUGAGCUGAUGUCAAUGCAAUGGACUGCACAGAAGUCUUGAUGUUCCAUUCCGUCUGCAGCUACACACACACACACACACACACACACACACACACACACACACACACACACACUUGCUUGGACUACCUAUAAAUGGACUUGCUUCUUGUGUUUGAAACACUUGUGUGCAUGAGAAUGUCAUUUGCUAAUGAAUUUUAAAAGCAUAUAUUAUAAAACAAAA